UGCAAUACCACUUGAUACCCAAAGCAUUUUUUAUCUUUUUUCAAAGUUUGUUUUUGUUUUUGUUUUAGCAACCACUACACCUUCCACAUGUGGCAAUAAUACUGUUGGAUUGGGUGUACAAUGUGGUUCAUCAUACUCGACCACAGCACACUGCCAAACUACAAACAGCGCAUGCGUAGAGGACAAUGCAGUUACAGGUGACAGAAGUUGUCAGUGCGUCAACAACUUCGUACGCAGUUUCGAUAAAUGCACUGAAGCUCCCACACAACUGACGAGGUCUCAGACUUAUGAGUAUAAUAUAUUUUAUAAUCACCAAGGACCAGUUGGUGUGAUAACAGCACAUACGUACGCAGACAUCAGCCUGGGUUCCUAUCAAGUGACGGCCUAUCCUCAAAACGGAAUCUUCAUGGCUACGAUAACAGGCGGAUCAUCAAUACAGCUGGAUGUGUCCACGAGUCGGAUAGCCAUAGGUACCCACACCGUGCUCCUCAAGGUCACGGCGCGGGUCGACCAUCUGACCAUUGUUGAUGUUGUUACGGUAACGGUAAUUGUUAACCGCCAAAUCUCAGCCCAGAAGAAUGUUGUUUUGAUUCUGUCAGACGGAACUCUGCAGUCAUCCAUCAUAGACAAUGUCAGAGUUCGAACCGGCUUUCAGGACAUGUCAUACACGUUGGGUGUUGUCUCGAAAGGCGCAGAAUUUGGUAUCCGACAUGAUGGGAUGAUUUACUGCAGUAGAACUGUAAAUGUGACUGCUCUAGCCAGUGACAAUCACGUAGCAGUGGAGAGAUGGUUGAAUGUAACUGCGUCGAAGGACGGAAUCACAAAGGAUUUGGCAGAUUACAGAAUACUAAUUAUCAGAAACACGUACUCGACGUCGCUGGAUGAAAACCAGGCCAGCGUCAUUGCCCAGUUCGACCUUGUGUCUGAUAGCUUCGAGUUCUCAGCUCAUGAUCUUCCAAACCCUAGAUUCACCCGUGCCAGCAAUCACAUUUCGGUUUCUAAAUUAGACUACGAAAGCAAGAAACAGUAUCAUUUCAGUCUGGAUGUGAAGAUCAAGGGAGACAAUUCUGCAGCCACGAAGAUACCCGUGAGCGUGGCGGUGAACGACUUGAAUGAUGAACGUCCAGCUUUCAGUCAACAGAAGUUUCACUUCACUCUGUUGUCUAACACUGUGGGGAACACUCUAAUUGGGAUUGUGACAGCUUCCGACGUCGACACUGUUGGACGUCUGUAUUACCAGAUAAGGAGCGGGUCUACACCUGAAGACUACUUCAACGUGGACGAAGAGACCGGUGUACUGGCGUCGUCACGGACUCUGUCAAGUAACGAGGUGGGGACAUCUGUAACACUGGCUGUCGAUGUCUGUGAUGACACGCUCUCCAACAAGCCUCGCUGUGCGAAUGCCACGGUUGUUAUAACUUUAAUCAGUAUAUCGAUUAAUGCAAGAAAUCUCAAUAACAGUUUUGUGGUGACUGUGAAGGAAAAUCUGCCAGCUGGUACCCACGUCCAAGAUAUCAGUGCGGCGAACUACACAGGCUACGUCUCACAUGAUAUGAUCUCUUCUGGUCUGUUUUCACUUGACAGAUCCACGGGAGUCAUUACCACACAAAAGAAACUUGAUUGGGAAACUAUUCCAAGGAUCUAUAGAAGAAGUGUGUAUUUCAUCCAGGCGACUAAAGAGGGAGAGGACCAGUGUUUUCUCGAUAACUUUGGUUCCUUGGUAAUAACAGUUGAGGACGUGAACGACAACCGUCCGACGUUCAAUCAUAGUCUGUAUAGUGGAACAGUGGAGGAGAACUCCCACACAGGCGCACAGAUCUACUUUAAUCUCAUAGACACAACUCAUACCCCUGGUGAUUUUUUCUAUCAACUGUACAUGAGUUCUACCAUAAAGGACUUCUCAAAGAUUGUCUGGCAUGAUCCAGAUCUGCAAGGCUUUGAGUGUAACACAGCGUACAGAUGGCAUAUAACCCACCGCCCAUCUACUGGGUACAUGAGAUUAAUAAUAAAACACAAGAACGCUGUGAUGGUCGAUUCUGGGCCUGUAUAUGACUCGAGUAUUCUCGGAGGACGUUUGGGAGUGUUUGCGUUUGAUCAAAUUGCAGUGAUUUGGUCAAAUCUGCGCUACGAAUGUAAGACAAGUUUUACCUUAGAAGCUCUAGUCAAGUUGCCGAGUGGGUAUGGUAGUGCACGGUAUCCUAUCAUCUGUACUAAUGGAUCAUCUCUAUGCAUGUUUAUCGAAGAUGGUGUAUUGAAAGGGCAAAUUCCUGGACAUUUGGCUGAAGGAACCACUACCUUAACCUCAAGCAAGUGGAUACACGUGGGGAUGAGAUACAAUGCACAAGGACAAGAAGAUGCAGAUGGAGACUCUGUGGGUGAUGCAUGUGAUAACUGCCCAGUAGUAGCAAAUCCAACUCAGAGCGAUACAAACCGUAACGGUAUUGGGGACCUGUGCGAAUCAGCUGACAAAGAUGGCGAUUCCAUUCCAGAUAACGUAGACAAUUGUCCUGAAAUACCAAAUGCAGAACAGAAAGACACUGAUGCUGAUGGCAAAGGUGACGAGUGUGAUAACGAUUCUGACGAUGAUGGGAUACCGGAUACUAAAGACAACUGUCCAUUGGUUAAAAAUCCGUCACAGGAUGAUGUUGACGGAAAUCACCGCGGUGAUCUGUGUGAGCUUGACCUAGACAUGGACGGGACGAUCGACAGACUGGACAACUGUCCAGAGAAUAAAUUCAUCAGCAGGACAUCGUUCGUGAAACACACAGCUGUCGACUUCAUCCCAACCUGGAUGACAGAACCAGCAGCAAUCUGGAGGGUGCUAGAUAAUGGGAUGGAGAUAAGACAAGACGGAAAGACGAGAAAAGCUGUAGCUUUAAUAGGAGAUCAGCAUUUAGAUCACAUGGAUUUCUAUGGCACCACGUUCGUAGAAGAGGAUGACUGUGAUGGAUUUGUGGGAUUUAUUUUUGGAUAUCAGUCGACCUCAAAAUUUUAUCUUGUUCUUUGGCGCCAUAAACAUCACAACUUUAAUUUUUAUGGAGGAAUAAAAGGGCCACACAUUAAGCUCAUAGACACAGCUCAUACCCCUGGUGAUUUUUUCUAUCUACUGUACAUGAGUUCUACCAUAAAGGAUUUCUCAAAGAUUGUCUGGCAGGAUCCAGAUCUACAAGGCUUUGAGUGUAACACAGCGUACAGAUGGCAUAUAAUCCACCGCCCAUCUACUGGGUAUAUGAGAUUAAUCAUAAAACACGACAACACUGUGAUGGUCGAUUCUGGGCCUGUAUACGACUCGAGUAUUUUAGGAGGACGUUUGGGAGUCUUUGCGUUUGAUCAAAUUGCAGUGAUUUGGUCAAAUCUGCGGUACGAAUGCAAGACAAGACAAAAUUAUGCUUUGAAGAUGGACGGUGUUGAUGACUAUGCCGAGAUUGGAAUGUUGCAUCAGUUAGGGAUAGAAGAAAGUUUUACCUUAGAAGCCCUGGUCAAGUUGCCGAGUGGGUAUGGUAGUGCACGGUAUCCUAUCAUCUGUACUAAUGGAUCAUCUAUAUGCAUGUUUAUCGAAGAUGGUGUAUUGAAAGGACAAAUUCCGGGACAUUUGGCUGAAGGAACCACUACCUUAACCUCAAGCAAGUGGAUACACGUGGGGAUGAGAUACAAUGCCCAAGAGAGAAAACUUGCACUAAUUCUCGAAAAGACAACGUCUGGGUUAAUUGAGGAAACGCAUAUACUGAAUGAAAAUGAGACCUUGUAUAUUGGCUACGAUGGGACGAAUUUUUUCAAAGGAGAAGUAGACGAGAUCGGAAGGAAUAAUGGCCUGCAGAUCGGAAUGAAUGACUGGCAGGCGUGGGCGCAGGAAACUUGUGUUCUGUACUGUGGCAAGCGACGUUUUCACGACGGUCAAGUCACGCUACCCAGGAUAAAAUAUAUUGAAGACAUUAUUCUAGCUUGGACAAGGGGGUCAGGCCCCGUGCUUAUAACCCUUAAAGUCUAG